UUUUUCUAUUUUAACACAGAAAAUUUUUUUGUUUUGAUUAGCAAGGGUUUUAUGGGUUCUACUAUGAAUUAUAAGUUCCUGAAAAACUAGUUUACAAGAAGUAAAAGGAAAAGCAAGAGUAAAAAAAAUAUUAAACCGAGUCAAAGAUGGUCAUGAAUACUAUUGGACAUAUUGGCUUCCAGAAAGAAGAAGUCAACACUCAACAGUGACGACUUAAGGCGUGAGUAUUGUCUCGUGGGCCGCGAAUGCUGUUACAAGUGCGUUGCAAGCGGAAUAAGAGCAGCGCCACGCCAGGCUGCGCCGCCGCAGCGUGCAGUCGACUUCUUUCGAUGAAUGCACAGGGGAAUCUGAGAAUAUAUAGUCAUGCGCGGAACCGGAGCAAUCUAUGCAUGCAGGUCUCCGGAGCUACUGCUCGGGACCUAUACUAUAGGGUCGAUAAAAAGUGCAGCGCUUGCACUUGACACAUCGGGCUCGAUUCUAUGCUUAAGGAGCUCAAUAUCUAUACAUAUUCAAACCAACUGCCAAUUAUACGAGACAUGUAAAAUCUUAUAUUACAGAUAUUUUGGUCGUUUCGGUGCAUUCAUAGAGUUAAUGUGCCGUGAGUUCGUUUGGCGCUGUAAUCGUCAUGUACCUCCCUGCCGCAAAAUAUCUUAUGAUAUAUGCUUACGCCAUGCACCACACAACGCACACGGCAUAUGCCUAUGAACAGCAAAUGAAAUUCAUCCGAACAGAAUGUUACUUGUCGCUGUUCAGAGAACGUCAAUAGUCGUACCUGUAUCUUGUACUGAUCAUCUGGGACCGUUUUCGAAUGGAUCAACGCACUAUUUGAACCAACUAUUGAACUAUUGAUUAACUAUUUGAACUAUUUAAUUUAUAUUUCAUAUAAAGUUCGAAGUUACAUACAUUCCAAAAUUAUAAGAAUUUAUUCUAAGGGUUGUGUACAAUUUAACAAAGUAAACAUUCCUUAUAUUGUCAACUUUUAGCAGUGUUAAUAAAACAACUUAUUGUUAACGCAAGUUUUGAAAAGUGGUUAAUUUUCGGAUCUAAAACUUGAAGUUUUCUGUAUAGAAAGUACGAUAUAUAAAAUUGUAGUCUGCUUAACCUCAACUUUGCGUAACAAUCUUAUCUUCUAUGAUGAACGACUUUCUUGAUUUAGCAAUAGAAACUUACAUUGGUGACAAGUGAUCUUCAGAAGAUGACUCCCUACAAGUUGGCGGAGCUGGAAAGGCUGCCAAAUCUUAGCGAAGACUUCGAACUUGACCCCGUCGAGUUGAUCGAGCAAAUGUGCAAGGCACAGGAGACCCGCGACAAUAUCGAGUUAUACCUUAGCUCAAGCUCAACUAAACUUCAACUUCUCUUGGAGCAGAUCAAUGGCUCGUUUGAAAAUAAAUGUACAAAUAUUUCACAAAAUAUGCCAAAAAUUUUACGUGAUACUCAAUUGCUCACGCAAGAAACCAAUACACUUAAAAAUAAAAUAAAAUCUGUCAUACAGGAACUGGAUACGGUUGGAAAUACAGUAUCCCCAACAAUGCAAAAGCUAAUAGAUUAUGAUCGCAUUAAAAAAAAAUUGAAUGAUCUCACUGAAAGUAUGAAACAGGCUGAUAACUGGACUGCUUUAGCUAAUGAAGUUGAAGAAGUUUUUGCAGUAAAUGAUUGUAAAGCUAUCGCUGAAAAAAUUUAUAGCAUGCAAAAGUCAUUGGCAAUGCUUACAAAAGCAACAGAUUUUAAUGAUAAAAAACUUCAACUUGAAGGAUUAAAAAAUCGAUUAGAAACUAUGGCUACACCACAACUCAUACAAGCUUUCACAAGUGGAAAUUUGAAACAAUCAAAGACUUAUGUGGAUAUUUUCAUAAAAAUUGAUCGACUACCGCAAUUGCUCAAGUACUAUCACGAUUGUCAAAAGACAAUUUUAUCAUCAGAAUGGAAAAAAACCAUUGAAUUGGCUCCAGAAAAAAAUAUCGUGUACUGGUUACAAAUUUAUUACGAUAAAUUACUGUUCAAUUGGAAUAGCCAGGUCAAAUUUUGCCAUCAAGUGUUUCCCAGUUCAGGGUUGAGUGAACUUGCAUCAUUGUUAACGAAUCUUCUAAAUAAUAUGGACCCUAGUAUCACUGAUUGCAUUGACGCAGCCUUGAAACAACAAUCAAACUCCACAAAAUUGUCAAUACUCAUGCAAUUAAGACAAAAUACGUGCCAAUUUGCCGAUAAUUUAGCCUCUACCAAUGGAGUCUCUAUGUGCUCGAAAUUUUUGGAGCUAGCUCGUGCUAUUCACUCACCUUACAUUGGAUACAUUGCAAAAUACAGUAUCUAUGAAACGUCAAAGCUUACCUACUAUCUAGGAACUCUCGAAUUUUCUUUCAAUGAUUCAAGCGAUACUAUUAACGCGCUGUCGCUAAGCGUCUCUAAAAUCCUAGAGUACGCAAAAGAAGCCAACGAACGUUGCAAACUCUUCAGUGAAGGUUGCGCUUAUCCCGGACUGAUAAAAGCUUACAAUACUUUUUUCAACAACUAUCUAGAGAAGUACAAAAUAGGCUUGAAGCAAUUGAAUAAACGCAAAGUUAAACAUGAAGACUGGAAUUUAUUCCAGAUGUGUUUGACACUUAUGCAAACUACGGGAGAAUUCUUAAGAUUAAUUGAUGAAUUUGAAGAUAUUUUGGUGUCUAACAUUUUAGAUACUUAUAAAAAACUACGAAAUCCGGAUAAUGACGUUUUUCAUCAAUAUUUGAUUCUAAUUUUGAAUGAGCAUGGAUUAAAAGAAUUUGAAGAUUUAGUUUCUAACAUCCAAAAAGGAAACAAAUCUGUACUUGACCCGACCAAAAAAACUGUACGAAAACUUUGUUCUGAUUCACAUCGUUUAACGUAUGAAGUUAUUUUUGCCCCAAUAUUCACGCAAUUACUAUUAAUUAGUAAAUCUGCAGCUUGGUCAUCAGUGCUUAAUAAAACUUCAAAUCCUAUAAGUUUAGAUUUACCAGACUACAGUUUUGCUCCUCAAGAGUACAUUACUCAAGUUGGUCAGUACUUGAUGACUUUACCACAGCAUUUAGAACCAUUUUUAUUAAAAGAUAAUCCAAACUUAACAAAAGCUUUAAAAGCUGCUGAUGCUCAGUACAAUCAAGAAUUAUGUGAAACUGGUUACACAAAUAUUCUAUUGGGAAUCAUAGCAAAAGAAACCUGCCAAAUGUUUCAGGAUCAAACUUGGGGAAUAUAUGAGCUCAGUCAAACUGCAUAUUAUCUUGGAAAUGUUCUCGAAGAACUUGGUCAUUCUCUUUCCGAAAAUUUACAACAAAUGGCUAUUUUACUUCGUUUAUCGCCAGAUGCGUAUCAAGCUGGUAGUUCUGGAUGUAAUCCACGUGUCGUUGCAGCUGUCAGGCAAAUGAGAAAUAUCACUUCAUCUGGUUAAUUAAUAAUUGGUAUAAUUUCAUUGAAUAAUGGAAAACAAUAGAAUUAUAAAAAUAUCAAGUCUCAUGAAUUUCUCAAUGCUCCAACACUCACUAUGAACUCUUUAAUUGUUUUUUCUAUUUCAUAUAAUUAAAGAUGAAGUGCAUAUUUGGAAAAAAAAUUUUCAGAAGGCUAAUAUAUUGAGAGAACUUUACAGGGACAAGAUGUGUUUCGCUUUGAUAUUUGAAAAUAACAGUAUAUAUCAAAAUUGUUGAAAGUUUAUUUUUUUGAUAAUAAAAUAUGUUCAUACUACACCUAGUUGACUAAAAAAGCUCCUACCCUGCUCUAAA